AUGUCUUCGUACUAUGAACCCCAGGGCUGGCAGGCUCCUACUGCUGUUGCGCGCCAGGUGUCGUGGGAGCAGCCUGUCCCUCCAUCCCGUUCAGGAUCCAGCUCGGUCUCUCAACGUGAGGACAGCCCGGCUUUCUCCUCUCAGUUUGAUGAGGUCGAACGUGCUAUCGACAAUCUCGUCAAGAGCGGCAAAUUAUGGAAUGCUCCCCGCCGGGAUUCAAUGCCCAUGAUGAUGGGCCGACCCUAUCCUGAAUAUGACCCUCGUAUGGGUGGCGGCGGCCCGCAGCGACACCAUUCCAUCAGCGAGUUCGAGGGCUCCCGAGCUCCUCCAUCCGGCAAUGCACAGGGUUUCUAUGCCUCGCAGCGGUAUCAGGGUCGUCCGAAUGAGGUAGAACAGAUGAUGCAGGCAAAGCGUCGGAUGGCGGCUCAGCGUGAACGGGAACUCCGCAACUAUCACCAGGAGCAGCAGUACAACCGAAGCCUCCUCGCCGAGAUGUCUGCCAACAAAUCCGAUCGGUCCCUCAGCCCUGCUGCCGUGAGCGAAGAAAGCCGCCGAGAGCUUCUGGCUCGUCAGCACCGAGCCUUGUACGGCAACGAGAGCCCCGCCUUCUUCCCUCCUGGUCCCCUCCCCGAUGAGAACUCGCGUGGUGAGAGCCAAGCAGCCAGUACCCCGACCUCUGGUGCUCGUGGGCCCUCCCCCCGUGGAGUGGACCCAUUCGGUCUGUCCCAGCCUGGAGUUGAUGCCCCCGCCCAACUGCAGUCCCCGCCCCGGGCCAACAGCACUUCCUCUCCCAGCUCCGCCAUCAAUGCCGCAUUCCCCGAACCCGUCACCUCGACCUCGUCCCCCGGUGCCGACUCGACUUCCUCUCGCCAGACUGCCUCCAAGCCCAAUGGCCCUAUCGGCUCCGUUGGUCCCAUCGGGUCUCGCCCCGUCCCAGGACAAACUGCCCCUAUCAAUCCCGCGCUGAACAUGCGUUCGAUCACCCCACUCCCGUCCCCCCUAGGAUUUGGAUUCAAUGGCGAGGCGGCCGCUGCAUCAACUAACGAGCGGUCCACGUCGUCUGCAUCCAACCCCACUGUCACCACCACUAAUGGCCCCGGAGCAAAGGAUACCGUCACCUCUCCAGGCGUCGGCCUUGGCUGGAGCAAUGGCAGUGGAGUCUGGGGCGCCAAAAGUGGCCUCGGAGUCCAAGCCUCCGUCUGGGGCUGA